AUGUCGUCGAAAAUGGCAGUUAAUUGGGUAACUUUUGUUGUGUUGUGUGUUCUUGUUGCAGUCAACGGCCACCAGGAACUGGAUCCAAUGUCUGACGAAUUUAUUGACUUAAUCAAUUCCAAGCAAAACUUUUGGACAGCUGGUAGAAAUUUUCCGGAAAAUACACCAUUUUCAUACAUACAGAAUUUACUAGGUGUCAUGGAAGAUAAAUAUUUCCAUGAUUUGGAAAAAGUUGAUCACCUCGAUGAUGUGGAAACUCGUGAUAAUCUUCCAGAGAGCUUUGAUCCGAGAGAGAAAUGGCCGAACUGCUCUUCCUUGAGUGAAAUAAGAGAUCAAGGUUCAUGUGGAAGUUGCUGGGCGCUCGGAGCUGUGGAAGCCAUGACUGAUAGGUACUGUACAUAUUCUAACGGCCAACAAAAUUUCCAUUUCUCUGCUCAUGAUCUUCUUGCUUGUUGCAAUGGCUGCGGCAUUGGUUGUGGCGGGGGUAUUCCUACAUCAGCUUGGAAUUAUUGGAAGGAAACUGGCAUUGUGUCUGGAGGGAAUUAUAAUUCGAGUGAGGGAUGCAAACCAUACGGGAUAGCUCCCUGUGAUCACACACGUGGUAAUGGUCCAUUGCCACCUUGUGGUGAAGAAGUUAAAACUCCACCUUGUGAUAGAACUUGCGAAUCUGGUUAUGGUACAGAAUAUACAAAGGACAAGCGUUUUGCCAAGAGAGUGUUUAGUAUUGACUCCAACGAAGAGAGUAUAAAAGUUGAGCUGUAUAAAAAUGGGCCCAUAGAAGUUACUUUUGAAGUUUAUAGAGACUUUGUUCAUUACAAAAAAGGAGUAUAUGUACAUACAGACGGGGCGCGCGCUGGCAGGCACGCUGUCAAGCUUUUGGGCUGGGGAGUCGAAAAUGGCGUUAAGUACUGGCUCAUAGCAAACUCUUGGAACCCAGGCUGGGGCGACAACGGGUACUUUAAAAUACUACGUGGAGAAAAUCACUGUGGAAUAGAAGGCCAAGCUGUAGCUGGUGAACCAUUAUUCGUUUAA